GGAGAGAACAGCCACGGAAACAGAUCAGCAGAUGCGGGAGAUCUGAAGAGGACGACGGGAUGGCUACAGUGGGAGUAAAUGUGAUUGAGACAGCGGCUCUAGGGAGACCCUUCCAGCUGGGGAUGCUGUAUGACUGCAGGAAAGAUGCUCUAAUACCAGGAAUCACACUGUGGGAUCAAGAAAAGCUACAGCAGAGUCUACGAGUCCGUCCCCAAAUUAACACAAAUUUCAAAGUCACGGCUUCGGACUCCAUUAAGGACAAAUCAAGCUUACUGAACAUUGACGGCUCUCUGAAACUGAGUGUUUUAGGUGGACUCGUCAAUGUCACAGGAGCAGCCAAAUAUCUCAACGACACCAAGAAGUCCUUCAAACAGCAGAGACUGUCGCUACAUUAUCAUUCAACCAGCAGGUUUGAAGAGCUGAGCAUGAACCACUUGGCACCUGAAAACAUAGUUCAUCAUGAGGUGUUUGAUAAUGACGCAGCGACACACGUGGUGACAGCAGUGCUGUAUGGAGCAGACGCCUGCUUUGUGUUUGAUAGAGAAGUUUCUUCAGAUGAGGAAAUAAAGACAGUAGAAGGAGAAGCAAAAGUGGCCUUUGAGAAGCUCAAAUUAAUUUCAGUAGGCGUAAAUAGCAAUCUGAAGAUGAAUGAUGCUCAGAAGAACGCAGUCCAAAAAUUCACAUGCACGUUUUAUGGUGACUUCCAGUUACCAUCUAACCCGACCUCUUUUGAAGAUGCGUUGAAGGUUUUCGCUGAUCUUCCAAACCUGCUGGGAGAAAAGAAAGAGCUGGCAGUUCCUCUGAGAGUUUGGCUUUUUCCUCUGGACAAACUUCUCUCAAAAGCUUCCAAACUUCAGAAGGACAUCAGCAUGAAUCUAAUCAUUAAAACUGAAUCAGUGAUUGGGAAUUUGAAUACAACUGAGAUGAAAUGCAAUGAUCUUCUGGAAGACUCCCCUUCUUCAAAUUUUGCUGCAUUUCAUGAUAAAAUCCUGCAAAUGAAGCAAAACUGUGACAUGUACAAACUGAGACUCAUGGAGAAACUCGGCUCUCUGCUGCCAAACAUCCGUGGAGACGUGAAGAAGGAAACUGACCUGAAUGAUCUUCUACAAGAACAUGAUGGAUCUCCAUUCAGAGGACGAGACCUUGCAGAAUGGCUGAAAGAGAGAGAAAGAGAGUCUAAUAACAUUAAAUCAGUCCUCAGACAGCUGAAGAAUGCCGGUGCACAGGUAGAAGACAACAUAGAUCUGAUUUCGAUGGAUCUGGAGGUUGGAAAUCUGUUCUGCUACACGUUCACAUCAUUGGACUGGUCAGAUGUUCUUCUUGAUAAACAAACCAUCUAUCUGAAUCCUUCAACAAAUGUAGAAACUGAUGAGAACAGCCCAGAUCCAGAGCAGAAGUCUUGGCUCACUCCGGAGAUCCAAAAGACUCUGAGGAGCAACUUGAAGAUAUUUAAGAACUUGAUUGAUUCAAAAGAGCGUAAACCAGCCAAGUUCAUUGUGUCCUCAAAGGAAAUGAAGAACAAUCCAGGUUCCUGCAUUCUGCUGUAUGAAAGUGAAUGUGAUGAAGCCGUUUGCUUUAUUCCUCCGUCCAAACCAGCCUGUCCAAUCACUGAAGAGGUCAAAGAUGAUAGUGUGGUCCUGAAGGUUCCUCCAUCAUGUCCUGAAACAGUGGAGCUCAGAAUACUGUACAAACGGAGGCAGGAUUCAUUCUGGUCAUCUAAACCUGUGCCAAAGGAUGAAAACACAGUUACUCUGACUGAUCUGAGAGAAGAAACCGAGUAUGAGAUCAGAUGUGCAGUGCUGGGGAAACUCGACUACACCGUAUACAGUGACGUCACUGAAGUUGUCACAGAGGAACGGGGCAGUUUGAUUGUUGAUCCAUGUGGUUUGAUCAAUCAAGGAAUGACCGGCUACUUGAAUGCAGUUCUUCAGACGCUCUUCAGGACAGACAGAUUUAGGGAGCAUGUGCUGAUAUUGAGGAAUGAAGUCACCAGUAAAUCCUCAGGGGAAAACCUACUAAAGGCGCUGGCUGAUUUAUUCAGGAGAUUAUUGCAGGAUCCAACAGCUGUUUGCCCAGAGGAGGUCACAAAAGCUCUAAACAUCACAAAUGUUUCUGAGCAGCAAGAUGCAGCAGAAUAUCUGCAGAUGAUAUUACACAGAGUACCUGAGCCAUCAGAGAUUUUCAGAGGAGUCAUGGUGACAUCUACAGUGUGUUCUUACUGCAAACACAACAAUGAAGAAGAGACAGAUUUUUUGUCAAUACCUCUGUUGAUUGAUGCCAGAGGACAUUGUGAUGUGAAAUAUGCUUUGAUGGAGUAUUUGGGAAUCCAUGACAUGAGCGGUGAUGAUCAGCUAUACUGUGUUGCCUGUGAUUCAAUGAGAGACAUGGAAACGAGAAAUGAUAUUCAAAAGUGGCCAGACAUUUUGACUCUGCAGCUGAAGAGAUUUGAGAUGGGCUUCAUCGGAAAUAAGCUUUACUACUGGAAAAAUGAAUGCUACGUUAAGAUUCCUCCAAAUCUUCAGGUUGAUUCAGUAAUGGACGAGUCUUCUCCACAGUAUGAUCUGUAUGCUGUCAUUAAUCAUCACGGCUCAUACAUUAGCGGUCAUUAUGAUGCGGUCAUUAAAGAUGAGAGAGGAAACUUUUAUCGUUUUAAUGAUCGCACAGUUACAAAGAUUGCAAAAGAAGCUCAAUGGAUCGAUGCCUGCUCUAAUUCUGCGUACCUACUGAUGUACAGAAAAGUGACAGAAGAAGCUGCAGAUGAAGUUCACAAAAGACACAUCCGUGAAAGCAGAAGAUAGAGAAUAUUGUUAUUGUUUAUAAUUCUGCUAAUAUUUACUAAAGCAAACGAUUUAUGUGUAAAGUGAUUAAAACAAUUGAACCCUUCUCGUGUGACACACUGAGCCUCCUUAGGAGGGACAGAGUACCUCGUCAUUUUAGUAUUUCACAGGACAAAACACUAGCAGACUCCAAUUUCAUUUAGAAGUAUAAAAUAAAAGGCAAAAUUACACAUUUCAUUUCUGAUUUCAUGGGAUUUUUAAAGUCAACAUAAAAUCAUGUUCCAUAGUGUUGGUUGUUGGCAUGAUUUUUCUUCUAAGGGUAUUGAUUGGAUGGUUGGAAAAG